GAACUCAUAGAAACGAGCUCCAACUGGGAAAUCUGAAAUCACCGACUUCCGACUACAGUGCGUUCAAAACAACUGGGAACUCAUAGAAACGAUCUCCAACUGGGAAACAUCUUUAGAACGGUUAAAAAAACUUGGAUUUCAAAGUCGGAAAUUCUGCAUCUUUCUAGAGCUUAAAAUUUCCGACCUGAAGAUCACUUAUGUCAUGAUUUGAUCUCGUUUUUCCCCCCGAAGCCCAGUUGUGUUGAAAGUGCCCUUAUGCUUGAGCCCUGCCCCGCGAGAGAUGACUGUUGCUAAGGACGCAUUUCCCAAGCAAGAUGGCUGCUGUCAAAAAACAAAUAAGAAACUCUCGCUACUACGUCGGAGGAGUAACAAAUCUUACCCGGAACGGUUUUGGCGUGUAUGUGUAUCCAAACAGCUUUUUUCGCUAUGAGGGAGAGUGGAGUAAGGGCGAAAAACACGGGCAUGGAAAACUCUUGAUGAAAGAUGGAAGUUACUACGAGGGAGAGUUUGCUCAUGGGGAAAUAGAGGGGAAUGGGUCAAGGUUCUGGGCAAAAACAGGUGUAUCCUAUUCUGGCCAGUUCAGUGGAGGGGAGCUUCAUGGCUGUGGUGUGAUGCAGAAAGGCAAUGGAGAGAGAUACAAGGGAGAGUUCUCCUACGGACUCCGAGAUGGCAAUGGGUUUCUGUUGGAUAAGGAUGGACAAACAUACGAGGGAUCGUUUCAUCAAAACAAGCGGCAUGGUGAAGGACAAAUGCAUUACAGGAAUGGGGAUCAAUAUGAAGGAGGUUGGCUUCUGGACCAACAACAAGGCCACGGAGUGAUGCGCUUUGGGGAUGGAUCAGUGUACGAGGGCCAAUGGCGUAAUAACCUCUUCAACGGCCAGGGGACCAUGAUCCACUGUUCUGGGAUUAUCUAUGAAGGGUUGUGGACCAACGGCAGACCGCUAGGUGGCGCUUCGAAAGUCGUAAUAGAGGGAGGAGAUGUCUUGGAGGUCUUCCAAGAGACUCCAUUUUGUGUGGAAGUGCAACUGCAGACGGAGGCGGGAGAGAAGGCAACGGGUGAAAAUGGCAGAGUCUUACAAAUAUCCACUGCUAUCAGACUCUGUGAUCUCUCCCCGUCAACAACUCCAGCGAGCCUGCUGAAGAUGAUGGAAGACAUCAAGGAAACACCCAUCCCCACACCAUUUGGCUUUCAGGUUGUCAGCUACCCUUUGAUGGAGAGAGCCUUUGGAAGCCAGAUCUUCAUAGACACUGCAGCCCCCCUAGCCGUGGCUGCGGUGGCAGCUAAAUCAGGCUCAGCGCAGGCUGACUCGCCACUGCUUCCCGAGGGCGAGUGGGAGUCUGGAAGCGGAUCAGACGGGCCGCCACUCGUGGGGGGUACCCCCAGCGACCUGGAUGGAAAGGAAGUGCGUGGGGAGCAGAAUCAGUCAGGAGAAGGGGAAUCGACCACCAUCACCGAGUACUUCUCAGGACUCUUUGCUGGACAAGAGGAGGACUCCACUCCUCCUCCAGCCAAUCAGAGGGUGGAAGAAGGCCAAGCUAAGUUCAAAAAUCUACUGUUGGCCCCUCCCCCUCAUGACUUCAUCCCUUAUCAGCUGAUGGAUGAGUUGAAGAGAAACAUCAAGAAGCCGUCCAACAGAGCACCAACUGAUAGACCGGUCCUCUCCCAGGACAAGAACUCAGAGCGCAGGUCAAGCACGGGGUCUUGUUUUACCAGCAACACAAAGAAAAGCUCCAUUGACAGCAGGAGUGUGAGGCCAGGUGAAUAUGUGAUUAUGGUGAAAGAUGUAACCAACCCACCAUUUCAAGGCCAGACCUUACCCCCAGCAUUUGCCCUGCUGCGCUUGUUUCCUGCCAAGACCAAAAGUAAAAACAGCCAGACGGACAAAACCAAGAGUAAGUGACGUCCUUCUCAACACGUCAGAGGCUUUCAUAGAAGACUUUAGAAGAGAAGCAUGACACGACCUUCAGCACUCAGAACCUCACAAUAAACUCUUCAAUGGGACAUCAACAUGUUUGUUCUAGCAUCAACUGUCACAUCAACUUUGGCAUUUAUUACUUCAAAUUGAUUAUACAUGGUCAUGUUUUCAGUAUGGAAGAAUCCAGACAUGGUUUUAGUGACAGUUGGGAGAGUGUUCCUCAUUGAUACAAAGCAGCAGAGUUGAUACUUUACUGGAAAUGCCCUAAAUUAUUCUAAUAAGGUUCUAUAUGAUUGGAAGCAGCCUCAUUUAACCUCAAAUUAAAAUGAGUGAAAUGAAAAUGACUGGUGAAUGACAAUCACUCAACGUCCAGCGUGGCCUCAAAGAAUAGACAUAACAUACAUAGUAACUGUAAAUCUCUGACCUGCCAAUUAGUAUGAUAUGUUACAUUUGGUAUGACAGAAGGUCACUUAAGCCAAAAGGGUCGUUCCGGGAAAUGAGUGCCUUUUGAUAUUUUAAAGGUCGACUUUGGGCACGAAAAACUGACCAACUCCACCCCUUUCUCAAUAUUCAAACAGAAAUAGGGUGUGCCUUUGGUGGUUUGUCUGUGUCGAUUCUGGUCAUGUGAGCCACAACCGACAGUUCGUUAGCUAAGCUAGCCAGUAACUCCCCCAGUAUGUGUUGACGUCAUUUCACAGGAUUAGUUUUUGGACUGAAGCUGUAGAGUUUGGUAAGAAAGGGCACUUCUGCCAAAUAUCUUAUUCAUAUUUUUUGUUUGUUUUUAAACAUGAAAUGACCUGAUAUGAUGGUCAAAUCAAAUUUAUUUAUAUAGCCCUUCUUACAUCAGCUGAUAUCUCAAAGUGCUGUACAGAAACCCAGCCUAAAACCCGAAACAGCAAUCAA